AUGGAAUACCCAGACGAGGUCGAUGACCUUGUCCAACUCAGACUGGAUCAAUUCGUCGGCCAAUCUCAAGACAUGUUUACGCGCGUAUCGGACGAUCUUCGGUCGGAGAUCGAUUUCAUUCGUUUCGUAUUAGCAGGUAGGAUCGGGCCAGAGGCAGACGAGGAAGUCGACCGGUGCCGCAUCAGCCUGAAUGCCCAGCAAGGCGUUGCCCCUCUUCCUCCCCGACCUGAGACCACCAUUACCCGUGACAUUGACUCUGUCAUUGGAGUAUCACGUUCGUUGCCUUAUACAACGGCAUUGUCGGUCUGGCCCGUCCCUCCUUUUAAGGAGACGUUGACUAGGGACAACCAUCUCAAGAGUCACGCAUACGACGCUGAGGGUGCCGAGAUCCAGGUCCCCAUGCACAAAAUUCCGAACGUCCCUUUGGGGAAAGUGGAACAGCGGCACGUCGUCAGGAUUUUUUUCCCCAGAUUAUACACCGCAGCGUCCGAAGACCCAUCUUGGGUCGGAUUGUCUCAAGAGGACUUAGCCCUCAUAUACGACCUCUGCCUUCGUCCUAUGAUGAUACGAUAUUUGCCUGAAACAAGAGAUAGAUGGCCGACCUCUUAUAAUGUCGCGUUAUCCCAUGCUAGGACAUCCACCGGCUCCCUCGCAUUCAACACCGUCGACGUCGCUUGGCGCGUUUUGGAGCAGCUUGAAAUCCCAUUGCUCACAAAACUUGGGGAGGUAAAGGAUGAGUUCAAGGAUGCAUAUUAUGUGCACGAGUUACGUGGAAAGAAGAACGCUGCUAUGCAUGAUGGGGAGGAUGCGGCUGCGAGACGUACGGCUGUUGAUGAAGUAUUUGAGCAUGUUGAUGGUCGACACCUGGAUCCUCGGCAGUGGCAUGUAGAUGUUGCGCUAACGAUUGGCUUGCCAGGGCACGUCGUCACCUGGCGCGACACAACCGCAGUUCCUUUCGAUCAAGUGCAAUACUCCUACUGCUCAAGGGAACAGUGGAAGAUGCACUUUGGUCGUUUUUUUCCCGCUACUGCCGAAGACGCUGCUCAAGCUGCUGAACGUCAGAAUUUUAAAAAGUGCACAUACCUCAACCGCUACAUCGCUCUUGCACAGCAAACUGAAUCCAAAUGUCUGCCUAGGAUCAGACGUGCACUGGAGAAGGAAUUCAACACCCUGGCAUGGGUGCCAUGCACCCAGUCGGACCGUAUGUGGGUUACCAAACCAAUGCCCGGUAGAGUAUGGAAGACGCUUCCUGCAGGGAAACGAGGAGGUCCAGCGAUCGUAAUGAAUCCACAGUUGCAGCAGAAACUAGUCACCCUGCGCGUAUUUCCUCAUCCUGACGGGAGCAAUGACGAAGCAGGCUCGGAGGAGGAUGAUUGA